AUGUUGUUGUAUAAUUGUGCUAAAAAAGGAUUCAAAUAGCAACGGUUACAUAUAUAAAACUAGUAUCGGUAAAUCUGGCUUUAUAAUAACGUGGAUACUGCGCUGGGACGGACAGCUACAUAAGAUGAUGGCUUUUAAAGCUACGAUUUUCCUUUUGUGCUCAAUUGUCGUCAGUGAAUCUGCAUUCAUUGACACGCUGAGUAAGUGUUCAAUCAAUGAUGGAGAAUGUUUAAGGGAGCUAUAUCAAAGGGUGCUGCAAGAUAUUGGCAAAAAUGGCAUCAAGGAGCUGUCCAUACCACCUAUUGAUCCUAUCGAGCUGAAAAAUGUAACCGUCAAUGUUCUUGACCAGCUGGAGGUGACGAUGGUCGAUGGCAUUGCUACCGGUGUAAAGAAUUGCAUAUUCAACGACUUUAAGACUGAAAUGGAGAAAGAGCAUGCGUCGAUGGAUCUUACUUGUGAUAUUACCAUAAAGGGACGCUACAAGCUCACUUCGGACAGCCCUCUCCUCAAGCCCAUUUUUGGAAAACAGUCAAUCCGCGGCGAUGGUUUCGCUAAGGUCAAGCUAGAGAAACUACACCUCCGAAUUGACUACGAUUUCUUCAUUGAGAGAGGUGCGGAUGGUGAGCUGUACUUUAAGUGCAAGCAUAAUGAGACGCAGUACACCUACGAUAUUGCCGGGCGAUCUCUUUUCUACAUCGACAACUUGUACUUGGGCAAUGAAGACUUGAGCAAAUACGUUACCACCUUCCUCAACGAAAACGGAAAGUUCCUCCUCCAGAACUUCGGGCGCUCCUUCAUGGACAAGGCCAUGGAAUUCUUCUACAUCUUCACCCAUAGAUUCUACGACGUCGUGCCAAUCAAAUACUACAUCACUGAGGAUCUGACCCCUUACGAGAGAUCGUAGACGAGGCUAAGAAAGGAACACAGAAGUAAAAAAAUCCUUGCACCGACUUACAGGAACAAUGUCGGAGUGACGUCAUAUUUUCAUAGAAAUUUGAUAUUAAUGAUGCUAUCGUCACACUUUGUCAUUGCAAAUAUCAUGCAGAGUUCGCUUGGUCUGACUUAUUUAAAUCAAAUCGAAUUCGAGUAUUUAAAUCAUAUCAAUAGCGAAAAAAAAUAUCCUGGUAAUCGAUCCAUAAACUAUAAGUAAAUGCUUCCUUGCAAAGUCUUGGAAUAAUUUGAUUUCGGUAAUUAAUGUAAUUAUAUGUAUAACUGUACUAAAUAAAAUUGCAUAAUAAAAGUUUUUUUUUUCUAA